GCUGGUGCUGAGAGCGCGCAUGGUAUUCAGAGGCAGCGCGACAGCUAAUCGUACAAGAUUUACCAGUUGAGCACACCACAAUGGCGGAUGCAGACAUUAAAGUAAAGGAGCUGGAAAAGCGUGCUUCAGGUCAGGCGUUUGAGCUCAUUCUAAGUCCCCCAUCUGCUGAUGCUGCUCCUCCAGAUCUUGCCAUUGCCUCUCCCAAAAAAAAGGAAUGUUCACUAGAGGAAAUUCAGAAGAAGCUGGAAGCUGCAGAAGAAAGACGAAAGUUACAUGAGGCUGAAAUACUGAAGCAACUAGCUGAAAAGCGAGAGCAUGAGAAAGAGGUUCUUCAAAAAGCUAUUGAAGAGAAUAACAACUUCAGCAAAAUGGCAGAAGAAAAGUUGACCUCUAAAAUGGAAACCAACAAAGAAAAAAGAGAAGCUCAAAUGGCUGCCAAGCUGGAGAAGUUGCGUGAAAAGGAUAAGAAAUUGGAAGAGAUCCGAAAAGGAAAAGAGUGCAAAGAUGCCACUGAAAACUGAAUCUCACUGUGUGAAACUGACCCAGCAGUGCUUAGCGGUUUAUUGUCAGUGUUCCUUCCCCUUUAUUUGUCCUGAUGUAGAUGGUUAAACUGUGCCCUGUUUGCCUGUAUGAUGAGGAAUUGUAUAUAUUCACUUACCCGGUUUUCUUACCUGUGCUUGUUUCAGUGGUACUGUUCAGGAAAGUUUAGGUGUGGGAUUUUCUUGUAUUGUUAUACUGUUGUCAGACUGUUACAUAUUGCACUUAAAUCUCUCAUUCUGCCUAUUUAAUAGUUUGUCUUAAUAAAACAAUUUGUCAGAAA